AUGACACACAAAGUCUCCACCACACUCUAUGCCCUUCUCACAUUCUUGAUUCUAAUAUUCCACGCCUCGCAUGCCCUCGAUAGUCAAUUGGUCCCUCCAAAAGAUGGAUACACGCUCAAAGAAAUUUCCUACAAAGAUCUCCCCGAGCGAGGAUAUAUCCACGAGUAUGUACCAAAAGAACCUGGUGAGAAGUUGCCGUCAGCGAAAGGUUCAUCUGUCAACGAGGAAUUGAAGGAGAGCGGUUUGACAAAUAUUCAAUUCCUUCCUGACGCUUUUGAAAUGGAUGAGACGGACGAAUCGGAUGCGUCGGGUGAUGUGGACGCUUCCUUCCGCCGCUUUGGAUUCUCAAGGUUUGGAUUCUCGAGAUUUGGAUACGGGGGAAGAUUUUACUGGCCUUACCGUCGAAUGGCUUUUAUGAGACAACCUUUCCUUCCACCAUAUUUUUACGGAAGAAGAUUUUUUAGCUAUUGUAAUCCAAUGUUUGGUUGUCGAUAUGUUUAUAUCUGA